CCUGGUAGUUGUACCAGCUGACCGAGUAGAUCAUGUGACCGGCUACAAGAAGACUAACAGGGAAAAGCAUAAGGAGGAAAAGACAAGGGCUCGUAGUGGAAUGAGAUGGUCAGCGUUCAGGGUUUUAAUAAAACAACAUCUGAUUAACAAUGCAUGUAAAAAUGUGCAGUUUUCUGUAAUAUUUGAAGCUAGUUACAUAAUAAGAUUGGACUACAGCUGUUCUCGGCCUUGCGACCGUGGACCCGGGUUCUCCACAGUGAAGCUGCAAAGCGGUGAGACGGUUUGAGAAAAGCACAGCUGAGCAGCACAGCCAUGGCUUCAGAUAUCAACUAUCAGGACGGCCCAGUGUUUCCUCAAAUAAACGAGAGUCCAGGAGAUAAUGAUGAGGAACCCAUCCACCCGAACAGUCCAUCCCGCAGGCAGAGCGAGUACGAGCGAAUUGGAGGCAGAGACGGUUCCUCUUUCUUACAGACGUUAAUUCAUUUACUGAAAGGAAACAUCGGCACUGGGCUGCUCGGCUUGCCUCUAGCUGUGAAGAACGCAGGACUUCUGAUAGGCCCUCUGAGUCUGCUGGUGAUGGGCAUCGUAGCUGUGCAUUGCAUGCAAAUCCUUGUGAAAUGUUCACAUCAUCUAAGCGCAAAGUUAGGGAAGCCGUUUCUGUCCUAUGGGGAAGCAGUGGAAUAUGGGAUGGAGAAUGUGUCUUGGUUAAGAAGGCACUCUUUAUGGGGAAGACGUUUGGUCAAUUUUUUCCUGAUCAUCACUCAGCUGGGCUUCUGCUGCGUGUACUUUGUAUUCCUGAGUGACAAUGUCAAACAGGUAAUCGAGGCUGCCAACAAGACAACGAUGAACUGUGACACCAAUGAGACAGCUAUUGUUGUUCCCAGCUUUGAUUCCCGCAUCUACAUGGUUAUCUUCCUGCCCUUCAUCAUCGCACUGGUGUUCACACGUAACCUUAAGUUCCUGGCCCCUUUCUCCUUUAUGGCCAACAUAGUCAUGUGUACCAGCUUGGUGAUCAUCUACUACUACUGCCUAACGCAUAUCCCACACCCUGUUAACCUCCCUUUGGUUGGAAAAGCUGUUGACUACCCUUUAUUCUUUGGAACUGCAAUAUUUGCAUUUGAAGGAAUUGGUGUGGUCCUGCCACUAGAGAACAAAAUGCAGAAGCCUCAAAACUUCAGCAAAUUGCUGUAUUCAGGAAUGGGUAUCGUCACCAUGCUGUACAUCUCCCUCGGGACCAUCGGGUACAUCUGUUUCGGAGGGCUCAUAGGGGGCAGCAUCACACUCAACUUACCUAACUGCUGGCUGUAUCAGAUUGUGAAGCUGCUGUACUCAUUUGGGAUCUACAUUACGUAUGCACUACAGUUCUAUGUGCCAGCUGAAAUCCUGAUUCCCCCGGCGGUGGCGCGGGUCAGGCCCAGGUUGGCGCUGCUUGUAGACCUCAGCAUCCGAGUGGGCCUUGUCCUCCUCACAUGUGCGUUGGCUAUCCUGAUUCCAGAGCUGGACCUGGUCAUCUCAUUGGUAGGUUCGAUCAGCAGCAGUGCUUUGGCGCUCAUAUUUCCUCCCCUGCUGCAGAUCCUCACCUUCCACACAGAGGGCAUUUCAAUCUGGCUGCUGAUUAAGAACAUUGUCAUCAGCCUUCUUGGUCUGUUGGGCUUCAUCACCGGAACCUACAUCUCCAUCGUGGAGAUCAUCCACCGCAAUCAUUCUAAGCACAGUGGCACCUUUCAGGUCUUUUGGUGAUGGUCCUAUUAAACAAAUAAUUUAUAGACUGGUAGGUCCAUGUCAUAUCUGCCAAGCCCAUUGAUUUUAAUGUAAUUAAUGCUUGAGAGAAUUUGUGAACUGAAAUAAUACCUCGGUUUUAUGACAAAGAAGCUAUUCUAGUUGAUUCAUCUUGCAGCACCGUGAGUGGUUUAUAUUGUAAUAUUCUCCACAGCUGAAAUACAGUUUAUAGUAGUGUAUUAACCUUGGGGUAUUAUUUUUUUUGUUUUUGUUUUGUUUUUAGACUUUUUUCUUUUAUUUCAUUUAGUUUACUAGAUUUUUUAUAUGAUCAGAUUACAAAUUACAAGCGUUAAAUUUCUCAUUCUGGAAAAAGUAGCCAAACUGAAAUCAGCUAGAUUUUGAGCUACAAUUUAAAUGUUACACAAAGUGCUAAAAUGACCAAUGAUAUAUAUAUAUAUAUAUAUAUAUAUAUAUAUAUAUAUAUAUAUAUAAAUAUAUAUAUAUAUAUAUAUAUAUGUGUGUGUGUGUGUGUGUGUGUGUGUGUGUGUGUGUGUGUGUGUGUGUAUAUAAAUACCGUAUAUAUAUAGCCAAUGACUUGCUUUUAUAUUAACACUGCUUGUUUACAGCUUAUUGCACCAGUACCAAAUUACUGCUGCUGUCCUUAUUAUUUACUUGCUUGCUGAUUUUUUUGCCAGUAUACUAUAAGCCAAUUAUAUUUUUUAACUCUCUCAACUUUACAAACAUUUCUUUUCAGUGUUAUAGUUUCUAUGGUAAAAGAUGAAUCAUUGGACGAGACGAGAAAAAGAGUUUAUUCAAAUCCUCAUCUGGAAAAAACUCAUAUAAAUUUAGAAAAAAUCAUGGGUGGUAUACAUCUUUUUUUUUUCUUUACAUAUACUAUUCCACACACACACAAUAAGAUCAAUGUAUAAGAUAUAAGAUCAAACAGUAUCUUGUUUGCUGUAAUUUGUCAUUUAUAUUGCACUACUGUACUGUUUGUUUUUGCUGUUCAGAUACAUGAAUGGGUUUUAUGGGAUUCAUAUUUAUAAAAUUUAAUUCUGGAUAAAUGGAUUAAAUAGUUUCAUAAAAAAAAAACAAAAAAAAACAACAUAAAAACGAUGUUCAGCUUUGAACAUCUGCAGUGAAGUCUGUUGUGUUUGAACGUAGCGCUUAGUGGAGGAUGUGUUCAGGUUUACCAGCUACAACAGUAUGAGCAACUCUGGGUAUUACCACUGGUCUUGUGCUGAUAGUGAGCUCAGGUUAUACACAGAUAUAUCGUAUGAUUUCAGUCUUCUUUAAUGCAUGAACUGGUUUAAUAUGUGACUUCAGUAGACAGGUUCAAUUAUGUUAAAAAUGACCUUGUGUGGGUUAAUAGUGGAUUAAUAUUAAUUUAUUGUUGGUAACACAUCUGCUGGUAAAGAUUUUAAAAUACA